GACCCCGCAGCAUUACGCUCCCGAAGUUCCUUUGCGACUGCACGCUGCCGCCUGCCGUGCUGCCCCGAAUGCACGGCGCUGCUGGCAGCAGCGAUGUCUCGUGUGUACCAGCUUCUGGAUGGCAGGAGUUUCCAGGAGAGGACGCGGACGAGACAGCCCGAGGCUCGGAGAUGCCUGCGGCUACUCCAGAGGAGCUCGCGGCAUGCCGCGAGGAGUGCCUGAGGCUGGGCUUCGGUGGCUUCGUGGUUCGCAGAAGUCGGGCCAUGCUGCAGCCGCAGAGUCGUGAGGAGGUGCUCGAGCAGAAGAAGAGGCCCUUGAAACUGCUGUCGAGUGCCGUCCCGGUCCUGCACGUCGCCCCCGCGCCCACGUGGGAGGCGCCCGACGGAGGUGUCCAGGUCGAGUUCGACGGCACCUCCUACUGUGCGGAGCCGUCCACGCUGAGUGCCAAGUGCGGCUACUUCGAGUCGGCCUUCCGGCACGACUGGGCGGACGGCGGGGGCAACGGCUGCCCCGCGCACCGCUUCGCGGAGUUCCCUGGGGGCCAUCACGCCUUCGCCCUCUCUCUCUCCUGGCUGUCUGCCAGACCCGGCGCCUCCGUCGGAGAUCCGUGGCCUGUGCAGACGGUGAGCGACGUGCAGAGCAUCCUGGACGCCGCGAGUUACCUCGACGCCCCCCUGCUGCUGAGCGCCGCUGUCCGCUCCUGGCGACUCGGGGCACCCCGUGCAAGAGAGGAGCUGCUGGAGGUGGCUGGGGCGCUGGCUGCAGCGUCGGCGCAGUUCGAUGGAGACGCCCAGGACCGGGUGCUCUCCGAGUUGAGGCAGCUGCUCCUGGGGCUGCCCAGGCACCACCUGCGCCUGUCGCCAGAGUUCCUGGUGGCGCCGAUGGCUGGCCUGACGGUGCUAGAGGUGCGACCCGACAUGCACGAGACCCUGGUGGGGCACAUCAAGACGAACGUUGGCAACAUCGGCAAUUGGCUCUCCUCCGUCACCGGAGGCGCCUCCGCAUCAGCAGAGGAGCCGCUGGAGCCCGGCGCCUGCUUGCUGGCGGAGGCGGAGGAUUGCAGCACCUCGCACGCAUUCGCAGUGCGGCUGUUCGACGCCCACGAGGCUUUCUUCCUCCUCCGUCUGCCCGCCCUGCGGUUGCUGCUCCGCUUCGUGGAGCCCACGACGGCUGUGGUGCCGCCACUGUGCUUCCGGCUGGCGGCCGCCGCUGCGGCCGCGGCGUCGGUGUGCGAGGACGAGGUCUUCGCGGGCACGCGGCUCGCCGUGGACAUCUUCGAGCGGGGCAUCGCCAGCGCGCCAGACCCGGCGCAGGCCGCCUCGCACGAGGCCUGCACGCGUGGCCUCUUCGGCGCCGGCGGCGCCCGGGGCACGGGUGAGGCUGGCGCAGCACCGUUGGGGCUCGACACCCUCGCCAGGCCCCUGGUGCCGCCAGCGGCAGCCGCGGUGGUGCUGAGCCGGAUGCUCAGCUUCGUAGGAGGAAGAGAGAUGCCCAUGGCGCUAUAUCCUUCCCUCGCUUUCCUGCUUUUGGGCCUCCUGGGAGGCCCUCGUCGCCACCGCUGGAAGUCGCCUCGAAACGGUGGUCAGAACGCACCCCAGGAGAGGUCCGUGGAGUAGCGGCAUCGGUACCUGUUUGGUUUCUUCCUAUCUGCCCUAAUACGCACGUCUAGAAACGCAACACGUGCCGUAUUCAAAACGUCCGUGUAAACACAGUGCGUGUUGGUUCAGCGUGUUGGGCCACGUUUUGGCGAACCUUUCGCGCCAGACCUACGUUUUCGGUCUACGUGUUGAGCUCAGUGUCAACACGCUUCGGGUUGCGUUUCGGGGCAGCUAAGGCCGGGUGCUGUCCUCGUGGGGAGCCUGCGAGAGUCGUGAGGGCAGCGCUGACGCCGCCGACGUCAUCCUGACAGGGGUGGUGAGCGACAGGCAAAGCCUCAGGACGAUGCUGGAGAGGGUGCUGCAGCAGAUCGCGACAGAGAGCCACGGGUCAGAGCGCGGAUCGGAGUGGGGCACUUGCUUUGACUACGCUGUGCCGGAGCUGCGCGCUGCUCUGGUGCGUGCGGUAGCGGGCGCGGAGCCCAACACGCAGGAGGUGAGCGAAACGGCGCGACUGCUGUUCCGGGUGCUGUUCCAGCCAUCGGGAGGAUUGCCCGAUGUGCGAUUUCCUUUGUGCCUUCUCAGAGAGGUGCGGACGCAUAACGCUGCUUGCUUGACGCUUGCAGCCAGGCGAGCGCUCUCGGACCUGGCGGCGAUGGUGGAGCAGAGCCCUGGGAGCGUGUGGUCGCUGGCUCGGCAGAUUUGGCCCGUGCUCGCGUGGCACUCGGUGGAAGUGGAGCUGAUUGAGGAUGUCGUGAGGACUCUGCGGGAGUGGCUUACCGAUGCCAAGGUGAACCUGCUGCACGGCAGCGAGUGGGCCGAGGCCGAGGACGCGGCAGUGCAGCUGCUGAGGCAGCUGCCUCUGCAGCUGCUCCGAGAGCCCGAGGAGCUGCUUGGGCCGCCCGUUCCGGCGCACGUGCUCGCCUGUCUCGCCUACCGCGAGCAGCAGACGAUCGCCAGCCGCAUCGCCUCGCUGGAGCACGAGAACGCCGUGCUCCGUUCGGAGCUCAUGCGCAUCAGCCACGAUAGGCCUGCCGGCGGCGGGGGCGGGGGCAGGGACGGCUGAUACGACAUUGUUUUUGAGGGAAGACCUGUAGACCUCGCGCGGCGCGCAAUAGCUGUAUUCUCUACUCCACACGUCCGCCACGUCAGCUAUGGGACGACCGACGUUCGCGCGGCGAUGCUCCGACGCAAGUCCGACUGGAAUUUUGCGUAUAUCCAGUGUCAAACCGACGUGGACUCUACGCACACGGGGUCUCACACCGCCACGCGAGGCCUCCAGGGUUUCCCUCAUAGUCUUGCGGGAGCCGCUGCCACAGCUGCUGUGGCGAAUUUUAAGCGACCGGCCCCGCGUCAGGAAUACUGUCGCCUCUCGCAGCAAUGAGCGUUCGGGGGUCGGGGAGCGCGGGGG